UCACGCCUGCCGAUCUGUGCCUUAAUACCAGCUCUUUGGGCAUGGACAUGGCAAUAUACCCUGACCAGUGCGGACAAGUCCUCACAGUCUGGCGACUGUAGCUUAUAUGAUCGGAGUCCAGGCUUCUUGUUGUUGCCUUCAGGAGUCCCAAAUAUUUGGAAGGAAAGAAUCUCUUUGUUCCAGAAAGAACGGUUCAUGCGUGGGAGAUCUCAGACCAGUUGCUACAGAUCCGACAGGAUGUAGAAUCAUGCUACUUUGCAGCACAGACCAUGAAGAUGAAGAUUCAAACCUCGUUCUAUGAACUCCCCACAGAUUCGCAUGCUUCGUUGCGGGACUCUUUACUGUCCCACAUUCAGAACUUGAAAGACCUGUCACCCGUCAUUGUAACUCAGCUUGCAUUAGCAAUAGCAGAUCUCGCCCUACAAAUGGCUUCUUGGAAGGGCUGUGUACAGACACUGGUGGAAAAGUACAGUAACGACGUGACAUCACUGCCCUUUCUGCUGGAGAUCCUCACGGUGCUGCCAGAGGAGGUUAAUAGCCGAUCUUUGCGCAUUGGCGCCAACCGCCGGACCGAAAUCAUUGAAGACCUGGCUUAUUACUCCAGUACAGUGAUCUCCCUUCUAAUGACCUGUGUGGAGAAAGCAGGUAACGAUGAGAAGAUGCUGAUGAAAAUUUUCCGCUGCCUGGGGAGCUGGUUCAACCUGGGAGUUCUGGAUAGUAACUUCAUGGCCAACAGCAAGUUACUGUCCCUCCUCUUCGAGGUGCUGCGACAAGACAAGACGUCCUCAAACCUGCACGAGGCCGCCUCUGACUGCGUGUGCUCGGCGCUCUACGCCAUUGAAAACGUGGAGACCAACCUGCCCCUCGCGCUGCAGCUCUUUCAGGGAGUCCUGACGCUGGAGGCCGCCUAUCACAUGGCUGUGGCCCGGGAGGAUUUAGACAAGGUUCUCAAUUACUGCCGCGUCUUCACUGAACUCUGCGAGACGUUUCUGGAUAAAAUUGUUUGUACGCCAGGCCAUGGGCUGGGGGACCUGCGCACGCUGGAGUUGUUGCUGAUCUGUGCAGGCCAUCCACAGUAUGAGGUGGUAGAAAUUUCCUUUAACUUCUGGUACAGACUGGGGGAGCAUCUGUACAAAACGGACGAUGCAGUCAUACACAGCAUCUUCAAAGCCUACAUCCAGAGGCUCCUGCAUGCUCUGGCCAGACACUGUCAGCUUGACCCAGACCACGAGGGUGUCCCGGAGGAGACAGACGACUUCGGGGAGUUCCGGAUGAGGGUCUCGGACCUGGUGAAGGACUUGAUCUUCCUGGUUGGAUCGGUGGAAUGUUUUGCCCAGCUUUAUGCUACCUUGAAGGACGGGAACCCUCCCUGGGAGGUGACGGAAGCUGUUCUCUUCAUCAUGGCCUCUAUAGCCAAGAGCGUUGACCAGGACAGAGCCUGCUUCACCCAGCCCUACGCCUCCCAGCCCAGGACACAGCACCGGCGAGCGAGAGGGACAAAGGAGAACAACCCGACGCUGGUGGAGGUGCUGGAGGGGGUGGUGCGCCUCCCCGAAUCCGUGCACACUGCUGUCCGCUACACCAGCAUAGAGCUGGUGGGAGAAAUGAGUGAAGUCGUGGACAGAAACCCUCAGUUCCUGGAUCCUGUGCUGGGUUAUUUGAUGAAAGGUCUCUGUGAGAAGUCACUGGCCUCGGCUGCCGCCAAAGCUAUUCACAAUAUCUGCUCAGUAUGCCGGGACCACAUGGCUCAGCACUUUAAUGGCCUGCUAGAGAUCGCCCGCUCCCUUGACUCCUUCAUGCUGUCUCCAGAGGCUGCUGUGGGACUCCUUAAAGGGACAGCAUUGGUUCUUGCCCGGCUACCCUUGGAAAAGAUAGCAGAGUGCCUCAGCGAGUUGUGUGCCGUUCAGGUGAUGGCGCUGAAAAAGCUGCUGUCUCAGGAGCCAAGCAAUGGCCUGUCUUCAGACCCCACUGUGCCCCUAGAUCGACUGGCUGUCAUAUUUAGGCAUACCAACCCCAUUGUAGAAAAUGGCCAGACCCAUCCGUGCCAAAAAGUCAUACAGGAAAUCUGGCCGGUCCUGUCGGAGACCCUGAACAAACAUCGUGCCGAUAACCGCAUUGUGGAACGCUGCUGCCGGUGCCUGCGCUUUGCUGUCCGCUGUGUUGGCAAAGGGUCUGCGGCCCUGCUGCAGCCGCUGGUCACGCAGAUGGUGAACGUGUACCAGGCGCACCAGCACUCCUGCUUCCUGUACCUCGGCAGCAUCCUGGUGGACGAGUACGGGAUGGAGGAAGGCUGCCGGCAGGGGCUGCUAGACAUGCUGCAGGCGCUGUGCUUGCCUACCUUCCAGCUCCUGGAGCAGCAGAAUGGCCUUCAGAACCACCCCGACACCGUGGACGACCUCUUCCGGCUAGCCACCAGGUUCAUCCAGCGCAGCCCAAUCACCUUGCUCCGCAGUCAGGUGAUCAUUCCCAUCCUGCAGUGGGCCAUCGCCUCCACCACCCUGGACCACCGGGACGCAAACUGCAGCGUCAUGAAAUUCCUGCGCGACCUCGUCCACACCGGGGUGGCCAAUGAUCACGAAGAGGACUUUGAAUUGCGGAAGGAGCUGAUCGGGCAAGUGAUGAACCAGCUGGGCCAGCAGCUCGUGAGCCAGCUGCUGCACACCUGCUGCUUCUGCCUGCCGCCCUACACCUUGCCCGACGUCGCCGAGGUGCUCUGGGAGAUCAUGCAGAUCGACCGGCCGACAUUUUGUCGCUGGCUAGAGAAUUCACUGAAGGGUUUACCAAAGGAAACAACCGGAGGAGCCAUCCAAGUGACGCACAAACAACUUACGGACUUUCACAAGGAGGUGACUAGUGCUGAGGAAUGUAAACAAGUGUGCUGGGCCCUGAGGGACUUCACCCGGUUGUUUCGAUAGCUCGCGCGCCCACUCUGUGCCUGUCUCCAAGGAAUGUCUUUUUAUUUAGAAGACAGGAAAUAAGAAAACCAAGAAUGUCCCACAAUCAGCAAACUUCAUUGUGGCCGAGGGCUUUCACUCACUCUAGUGUGCUGCCGUCAAACCCGAAGAGACGCUUCCCCGCCAGGACAAGCCCGUGAAGUUACUGUUUGUGAGGGAGAGGGCAACUCAACGUACUAAAGAUGGCUGCAGCCGGACCUACAGCAUUGUAGGGGCAACGCUGCUUUCUUGAUGGACUCGCUUUAAAAAAAAAAAGAAAUAAAAAAACAAACAAAAAAAGAGAGAAAAGAAACAAGAAUGGAAAAAAAAAUUUGCCUGGUAGCAAAACAAAAAAAAACAAAAAAACAAAACAAAGUAGAAAACUUUCUGUGAAAUGAAAAAUAAAAUAAAAUUUACUUAAGGAAAACGUGGGGAUUAAAAAUACAAUACCUAGCAACACCAAUUGUCUGCACUGGGAGGGGGGAAGGCACCCAGGUUUUUAGCCCACUUCCAGAACUCCGAGCUUCCUCCACUCCCCCCCGCCCCCCCUCUAAAAGAACAAUCAGGAGGAGUUGGGUUCCCCCGUGCGGCACCGUGGGGAUCCUGCUGUUCGCCCCUGUGGAGCGCUAACCCACCCCACCCCGCUCUCCUUAAGCCAGCCCCCCUAGCUAAAUCUGAUCCCAUCCAUCUGUCAGCCUCCUGGAGGAGAAUCAGCCUGGGAUAGACUGUUAUAUAUUAUAUAUAUUUUUUUCUUUUUUAGUUUGUUUUUUUUUUAAUUUGGUUUUAUUUGGGUUUUUUACCAUGAGGGGGAGAGAGGAGAGGGCUCUAGAGGUCACAGGGACGGGGCUGACUAUUUUACUCAACAGAUUUGGAAACUGCUCACUGGGGAAUCUUACAUUGACAAGACCUGAGACCCUGCGCAGGCGUUAGAAUUGAGCGCAUGCUGUUCCGUCUGGUGUUGUAGCCAUCUCGAGAACAAUACAAACAAAAAACACAAAAAAAAUAAAUUAAAAAAAUUAAAAUGUG